CUCUCCUCCACUCCCCCUCAUUCCUUCUCCGUGUCUGGCUUGCCCUCCGUCACCAUCUGUCACAACCACCCCCUCAUUCCUGUUCUCUCUCUCCCUCCCCCUCUUCCUUUCUCCCUCCCUCCCUCUCUCUCUCCAUCAUAAUCACUCUGGUACUCCCCUCUUUUCCUUCUCCCCGUUCUCCCUCCCCUACCAUUCAUUCUCUCUCUCUUAUUCUCAUGCUCUCUCUCCCCCCCACCCCACCAAGUCUAUGCUGAUUGGCUGAUGGGAUCAUUCCCGGGAGUAACUGACACGCUUGAUAUACCUAACCCUGUCCACCAAGCCCCCACUUCAGUGGGUGGAGAGCUGGAGAGGUGAGUCCUGGCUCCCCUGAGCGGUGCUGGGAGCUGGAUCUGGUCCCUGCAGCAGGCAAGCCCUGGAGACCAGAUGGGAGAGUGUGAACAUCCAGAUGAGGCAGUGCUGGAGGAAGGCAGAAAAGUCCCACCACCUCUGGAACAGCAGAAGAGGUGAGGGCAGCAGGCACCUCUGGAGAGAAGUGUGACAAGCAAUUCCAGCCCCUCAAGGACUCAAACCACACAGAGAUUUCAUUGGGAAAUUGUUUUUAAAGGAGAAGAAACAAUAUGACACACAUUCUCCCUGCGCGUGGAGGAACAUGUAAAUUCCAUUGACGCCUGACCCAGUGGGAGAUCGCCCCAUCCUUCCUCUGCCAUGGACUCUCCUGCUUUCGCCUUCCCCACUCCUGUGGCUUCUGAGGAGGGGAACAUCUCCACCAGCUGGGCAAGUUCUACCCCGGGGAACCUAUCCACAGCUGCCAGCCCGGGCAUGGAUGUCAGCGGAGUCCUCAUCCCUCUGGUCUACCUCAUUGUCUGCGUGGUUGGGCUGGUUGGGAACUCCCUGGUCAUCUACGUGGUCCUGUGCCACUCGGUGAGCGAAUCGGUGACCAACGUCUAUAUCCUCAACCUGGCGCUGGCGGACGAGCUGUUCAUGCUGGGGCUGCCUUUCCUGGCUGCGCAGAAUGCUCUCUCCUAUUGGCCCUUUGGCUCCUUCAUGUGCCGCCUGGUGAUGGCCGUGGAUGCCAUAAACCAGUUCACAAGCAUCUUCUGCCUGACUGUGAUGAGCGUCGACCGCUACCUGGCCGUGGUGCACCCAGGGAAAUCGUCAAAGUGGCGGACGGCCCGCGUGGCCAAGGCCGUUAGCGCCACGGUGUGGGUGCUGUCGUCAGUCGUGGUGUUGCCGGUGGUGGUGUUCUCGAACGUCCCCCUGGGGAUGAGCACCUGCCACAUCCAGUGGCCCGAGCCAGCCUCCAUGUGGAGAGCUGGCUUUAUCAUCUACACGGCCGCGCUGGGCUUCUUCGGGCCGCUGCUAGUGAUCUGCCUCUGCUACCUGCUCAUCGUCGUCAAGGUCCGCUCUUCCGGCCGGAGGGUGCGGGCCCUUUCGGCCAAGCGCAAGCGGUCAGAGCGCAGGGUCACUCGCAUGGUGGUGGCUGUGGUGGCCGUCUUCGUGCUCUGCUGGCUUCCCUUCUACGUGCUCAACAUCAUCAACGUGGUCUGCCCGCUGCCCGAGGAGCCGUCUCUCUUCGGGGUCUACUUCCUCGUCGUGGUGCUGCCCUACGCCAACAGCUGCGCCAACCCCAUCAUCUACGGCUUCCUCUCCUACCGGUUCAAGCAGGGUUUCCGCAGGGCCAUCCUGAGGCCGUCCCGCCGGGUGCAGAGCCAGGAGGUGCAGAGCCAGGCACGCCCCCCAGAGAAGACGGAAGAGGAGGAGGAGGAAGCGGAGGAGAGCGGGGUCAGCAAGAUUGCCCAGAAUGGCAAUGGCAGACAGGAGUGUCCCCUGGCCAGUGCAGCAGCAGGAGGCAGUGAGCAGAAGCCACUCCCGGAGGAGCCUGGGAGCUGUGAUAAACCCAAUGCACUGCACAUCAGUUAUUUGUAGAGAACGGAAGGGGGAGGCUCUGUCCCUCAGUCUCCUGGACACUCCAGUCUGUAUCUGUGGGGGGUUGCGGACUGCGAGGCAGCAAGGUCUAAGGUCUAAGGUUGAAGAUGAGGCGAGCUCGAGGAGUGUUGGGAAGGGCAGAGCGCCUCCUGUGACUUCAGAAAUCCCUGUGGGAGGCGUGGGGCAACAGCAACUGGGCUGGGCUCGGAAGGGGGACUGGAUAAGGGCAGACGGGGGUGGGGAGCUACAGAGAGGAGUCCAGCACUGAAUCCCCCUAUAACCCACAUAGAGUAUUAUGAGUGGUUGCCAAUUACUCUAAUGCCCUCGUCACUGCCCAAGUUGUUCCAGUGUCCAUGGGAACCAGACACUCUGGGGCAGGAUCAUGGGAACAAUUCCCACCCCCCAACAAACACAUAAAGUCUGCCCCCUAGGGCUGUCAUAGAAUCAUAAAAUAUCAGGGUUGGAACGGACCUCAGGAAGUCAACUAGUCCAACCCCCUGCUCAAAGCAGGACCAAUCCCCAAUUUUUGCCCCAGAUCCCUAAAUGGCCCCCUCAAGGAUUGAAUUUACAACCCUGGGUUUAGCAGGCCAAUGCUCAAACCACUGAGCUAUCCCUUCCCACUGUCCUCCCCAGCUGCUCUAGUAUCUCUUGGGGACAGCUCCCCACCUCCUGUAUGAUCUGAUACUGUCUCAACUGCAUGGAAUAUCCUGGUUCUUUAAAGGGUUCUCACGUCCCACCUGCAGACUGUUCUGAUAGGGCUGGUUUAGGACAGUGGAGCAGAGUAUGAGACACACCCUUCCCCAUCUCGAGAUCCCAGGGUUUCAUGGUGUUAUUGUGCCCUGGUGGACGACUGAAGAAGACCAAGAGGCCACGGGUUGGGGGCAGGGCGUUCUGCAAGCUGUAAUUUCCACCACCCUCCUCCAUCUUAUCACGAAUAGACAUAAAGAUUUAGGACCCCGUGAACAAUUUCAAAGGAUCAGUCUGUGUGGUGUGCGUAUGAUUGUGCUGGGAGGAUGAGGGCACAUGUGUGAAAAACGGGGGUGGCUGUGGGCAGGGGGGCAGCUGUGUGGGAGUUAGGGUUGCCAGGUGGCUGGCUUUUGACUGGAAAGUCCAGUCAAAAGAGGACCUGUGCAGUGUCUGGGGGUUUUGGACACCAAAAGUCCGGUUACCGCACUGACCAGCCUCCGCUGCCGGGUGGGUGGGAAGAGCAGCUGCUGCUGGAAAAGCUCAGUUGAUGGACUGGAGAGAAGCUUAAGAACUGGCUCCCAGCUCCGGGGGAGAGGAGGUAGGUACCGCCUUCUCAGCUGGGGCUCGCUCCACCCUCCCAUGUCCCCUCACUCUUGCUCCAGGGACUGACACCCCCCUCUGCUGGGCCCCUGAUUGUCCCCUGCCCUGCCAUGCCCCAAUUGGGCAAGCAGGCAGGCUCCAUGUCAGCUCCUCCCAGCCCGCUCUGCAGGUGGCAGACGAGUCCCAUGGGAGAGUGGAGCGAGCGACUGGGAGGAGGCUGUAGUGUCUGGUUUUUAAAAAAUUGGAAAGUUGGCAACCAUACUGGGAGUGAGGGUGUGAAUUUUUGAGAAUAUGGUAAUGCCCAUAUAGCUGUAUGGUGGGCAGAUUUGUGUGUGUGUGUACAGGGGUUCGGGACUGUUUUUUCCGUGGGUGUGUGUAUGUGAGGUUUUUGUACAGGUACAAGGACUGAUUUUGUCUCUGUGGGGGUGUUUGUACAGGUGCAGGGGUUGAUUUGUCUUUGGGUGUCUCUGUGGGGGUGUCUGUACAGGUGCAGGGGGUUGAUUGUCUCUGUGGGGGUGUCUGUAUGGGUGCAGGGGGUUGAUUUGUCUCUGGCAGUGUCCGUGGGGUGUCUGUACAGGGGUGGGAGCGCAUGGGUACGAAGGUGGAUUUAUCUGCAUGUGUGUGGUGGAGAGGUGGCUACAUAUGGGGGUGUAUGUGUGAGCAUCUCUCCCUCUCCCUUGCUCCAUUCCUGCAGGUUCUGAUAAAUGCCUCUCCCCAUAUCUUGAACUUUUCUAUAAAUGCUGUUGCUAAGAUACAGCGAUCAGUAAGAGCGACUUUAAAUCCAGAGUCUUCGGUAGGAUUCUGGGCACCUUCCUCCAGGGGCGGCUUUGGGGAAAUUGGAGGCAGCGUGGGCGUGUGUGUGUUAAAGACCAGCCAAAAGGAGAAAGUGCUCCAAGAGAUAAGGAAGAUCCUGCGGGAUGUGUAAACGGUGUCUCUCUGGGGCAGAAAUACUUUUCAGUUCAAGGGGCAUCUCCGAGAGGGAGGGGGCAAGACUGUGAGGGGCUAGUUGUAUCAUCGUAGGGAGCAGCCACAAGACCAAAAACACAGAACAGAUUUGAAGCCAGGGUAGAAAAAUGCAGUGGGAACAGCAGAGAAAGCAGGCUUGAAUGGUAAGAUCAGCCGCACAAUGGAAUCACGUUCCUGAGGAACAAAUUCACUCAGAAUCAAUAUGUGGCUAAAUGAGAACUUGUUGGUCACUGUGGCGAUACCCAAGCCCAGGGAAAGCAGCCAGGGCUGGGCAAGGAGUGUACUAGGGUGGGUGUCUUCCAGCUGGACUGGCUGUCAAGGAGGGUUAACAGAUACUGACCCAGCUGUCUUGGUGCUGGAUUGUCUGUGACUGGGGGUGGGGUUAGGGCUGAUACCCCUAACCCUGCAGUCCCAGCACUGGACUCUCUGUGAGUAAUAACCCUCCCCCCACCCCAGGCCCAUCGUUUCUUCUCUUUGAACCCAGUGUCUUGGUACCAGACAAUCCAUGAGUGAAGAGUAAUCCCCACAAAUCCCCUUUUCUGAUUCCUGAAGCAUCCACCCUUGUGCCAGAUAUUGCAAGACUCUCUUUGGUGAAAUGCAUUCCCUUUGCUUGGCUGGGAAAGGGGUGCACGUAUAAAGAUAGGUAUAUAUCACAACGUGAGAUUUCAGGGCCUUAGCAUCUGAUCUCUUUCCUUGUAAAUCACUUGUUGUGGUGACUCUUCAUGUCCCCUCCUUUCUCCUAUAUCUCUGGAGGCUCAAUCCAUGCAGAGAUACACUCUCAUGGACUCUAAUGCAGUCUGCAGUCUAAGGAGCAAACCCACAGCAAUUGCAGGGAGUUAGCCAAUCUCAGUGGCUAGCCAAAAAGGCCAUUCUGACUGUGGAAAGAAUUCCAGCUGUCAUCUGGUCACCAGGAAGAGACGGGAUCAUGAGAUCCCCACCAAACCAUGACGAUCUUCCAGAGCUCCCGUCUAUGGCAUGGUAUAAGAGACAACAGGUACUGGAGAGGAAAGGGCCUAGAUUCCACAAUGAUAGAGGUAAAUAGAAAAGGAGUACUAGUGGCACCUUAGAGACUAACCAAUUUAUUUGAGCAUAAGCUUAUGAAGUGAGCUGUAGCUCACGAAUACAGACUAACACGGCUGCUACUCUGAAACCUGUCAUUAUGAGAGGUAAAUAGGUAGAUGUCUUGAUCCUGCUAUUAGGUGGUAUCACAGCAAGGGCAAUGCUGGGUAAUUCUGAAGCAAAAAGGACUGCUGGAAGACAGUAGUGAAGAUGGCAUUGGACUUCUGGGAAGGGAGGCAGCUGAUGGCUUAUUUCUGAGCAAUGAGUGGAAUGAGUGUAACAGCCGGGAGAGGACACAGCAGGAGAGAGGCAGCUCAGAGUACAUGGAGAGCAGACACAUGAAGGUUUCCCAUCUCCUUUUAGACUGGCUACAUGACUGCUCUAGCUCCUGGCUUGGGGAGGGAGGGAUCCCUGGCUGUCAAUUAUAUUAUCAAUGUACUAUGCAUGCCACCUGGGCCAUAGGAUGAAGUAGAAACCCUUUGCCAGAUUCAUGGAUUAGGGGGAACAAAUAGAAAAUGAAAAACAAAUCUUUUUUUUUUUCAAAAAGUCAGAAAAAAAAUUAAAAUAAAAAAUUGUCUGCAGAACUUUCCCUUGUUGAUGAAAAGGCUGGUUUUCAUUGAGGGGGUAGGGGAGUGAAAAAUUUCAGCUAGUUCUGUCCCACAGCCCUACCUGCCCCUGUUCCUCUCACUGCUGAGUUCACAGCUGCAGUCUGCUUGUGCUGCCGUGUGCAAAUUGCUAAUUGCAUUCAUGUGGCUGGCCCUGUGCAUCCCUUCUGGUUUGGGCCCUGCAGUGGGCUGGCUCUGGGAAAGAUAGGGGCUGAAGUCAUGCACAGCAGCUAGUUGAAUUCUGGACAUGUUCAGGGGGAUUUGUUCUAAUCAGACGUGGAAAUGGAUUUUUCUAUUCUGGCUGCAGAGAAACAGAGAUAAGGGUGCCAUCAAACCCUCCGCCACACAAAGGGUUUCAUUCUUAUCACGUAGAGACUAGAGCUGCAAGUCUAGCAGAGGCCACAGCUCUUCCAGCAGCCCCUGCAAUGCCUCUUUCCUGCUUGUAUUUGAUCAUAGUCAGGGUGCUUAGAAAUAAAAGGACCCCGUUCUGCUGGCACUGCAAGAAUGUGUGUGUGCGCUUGCCAGCAUGCGCAUGCGUGUGUGUAUUUAAAGCAGGGCUCUGAUUACUGACCUUGAAAAUAUACUCACAACACAACACCCUAUGUACCCCCACUAAGCCACAGUCUGCACCCACACAGUCACUGAGCUGUACCUACUCCCUGCUCGACCAUACCCUGCUGCUGUAACUUUGUUGAAGAGAACUUUGCAGAGAUGAAAAGGGCCACGUGGAGGGGUUCAGCCUCACUGAGGGGAGGGCACGUUACAAGGCUGUGCUGCUUACACAGCCUGCACUUGAUAUCCUUCUCAGCUAUUUUCAGGAAGCCAUUGUUUACACGAUCCGUAUGGUAAAACAGCAGCUCCGAUAAGGUGAAUGGCAAACCCACGCAGGCACAUGGCAUGUGCCUUCGCUUCUGAAUUGUUUGGAGCAUGGGUCAAGGCUGCAGGCUGGGGGUGGUUUCUAAACAGUUCUUGAUGCAGGAGAACCAAACACACAAAAAUGCAGAGAGAUGUGAACAGAUUAGAUGCUCCCUGAUCUCCUGGGGAAUGCAAUAGCGAACUGAAACCCUUUAUCUGCUUGAACGAGGGGAAAAUAUGCAAAUAUUUGCUCGUGAAAACUUAGUGUUCUUUGCCUUCCCAAGCUUAAAAUAUGCAAAUGCAAACAUAAGGCACCCACCUUGCACAGAUCUCACACCCAGACACACAAAACCCCCGGCACAGAAACACAGACGCAGCGCCCAUCUAAACACAUGCACGCUCAGCGUAACAGGUACCAUCUAAUAAGUAUACACUCCCCCUGUGGGACACAAAUGCAACCCUAAAAAUAUACACACAGAUGCAUACAUGUAAAAACAUAUCAUAGAAUCAUAGAAUAGCAGGGUUGGAAGGGACUUCAGGAGGUCAUCUAGUUCAACAUCCUGCUCAAAGCAUAUAUGUGCAUGCUAACUCAUGUAUGGUGCCUAGGCAGGCAUUUAGAAACACGCUUGCAACACAUCCUGUUCCCUGCAAAUGGUGUUAUAUCAGCAUCUCCAGUUAAGUGAGGAGCAAGGGGCUGUAGUACAGGAAGACACCUUGCCUAGCACAUUCUGUGCCUGUUGUCGGCCAUAGGUACAGCUGCACCCAUGUUUUUAAGGCCUGCGGUAGGCAGGGCUAAACUGCUUGGGCACCAUGGCUUCAUCCGACACUCACUGCAAUAAAUGGUAGUCUUUCCACUGACCAUAGUGGGAUUUGGGCUGAGCCCCAUGCGAAGAAGACUUACAGCGUUGCCAAGACAGGCAGCUGCACUUCCUGCUCACAACCGGGCCCAGAACAUGCCAGUGUGGACAAGGCUUGAAGCAGAGAGAAAAUCUAAUCACGCCUGUAAGUGCUGCUCCCCGUUUCUCCUGCAGGGGGAGCUAUUUGCUCACAUUGGCCCCUAUCCCGCUACACCUGCCCCCCCUGCAAUAUCAGGGCUGCCCAGUUCCCAGCACAGCUGUCAAGGCAGAUUUGAGGGGGCAGGAGUAGGGGUGAGCAAGGCCCAAACCAUGAGAUUCCCAUUACUCCCUUGCAGACAGUUCCUAGCGGUGGCCAAGGUAACACUACCACACGUGCUGGCCAACACAAAGCAAGCAGAAUAUUUCCUCAGGGUGGGAGGUGGGUAGUUCUGUCCUGCAGAAGUGGGGUCUCCCCACCUGGAGGCGCCCUGUGCUGGGAGGGGCACAGUCUCCUCCACUCUGAAAAUGUGGAAUUGUGCAGGGCAGCUGACUGUGGGGCUGGGCAUGGCUUUGGGGCUGGGCAUGAGGCGAGUGGGAGGAGAGUGGGUCAUGUGAGCAAAUGGGACCCCUGUGUGAAGAGCCAGGACUGAGCAAACGGCUUAGAUGGCAACCCAAACCAGCCCUGCACUCCAGCUAUCUGUGAGACCCCUCUCAUUUAGGUGACUUUAAUGUGCUCCUUGCUGGGGGGGCCUGGGCAAAAGGCCCUGCAAAUGGGGCAGAUGCAGGGGUGCAACGUCACCGCCUGUGCACCACGAAGCAAGUGCGUUCGCGCUGAGCUGCUGCACAGGAAGAACAGACGAAAGCAGAAGCAAACCUGGACGCAGGCAGUGCUUUACAUUUUCCAAAGGCGCCCUAAAAUCCUGCAGCUGCCCUCCCUAGGACAUGGACCAGUCUGGGGCUCUCCUUCGCUGUCAUUUCAGGCUCCAUCUAGCCUUAAUUCAUCCUCCGGCAGAGCUGUGGAUGGCACUGCACUGGGUGCAUAAAACACAGGCCUCGGAGGGUCUACUAACAUGAAGUAAUUUAGCCUCAUAACAUCCCUGCAAGGUAAGAAUUAGGGCUGAGAUGAUCAGAUGUGACUAGUAAUUCUGGGGGCCCAACCUGAGCUGCCUUAAAGGGGCCUGGCUGUCAGAGGGCAGGAGCUCAGCACUUCCUGACAAUCAGGCCCCCUUAUGGUGUCUUUUGGGUACCUAAAUAUUCAGGUACCUAAAAUGACUGGUCAUUUUUCAAUAUCUUGGCCUAUUGGCCCAUUUCACUAAGGCCAGGAGAGCCUAAGUGACUUGCCUGUAACACAGUGAGUUAGUGGCAGGGCUGGGAAGAUAACAGAGGAUUAACAACUCCCUGCGCUGACUAUUAGAAAGCACUCACUCCUUUCCAGGACAGAGCUGGCUCUGCUUCUAAGGAGUAGGCCCUG